CAGCAUUCCUCCAGUGAGAGGGUAAUAUUUUUGUUGCCAUCAGCAAGUGCUUCCCAAGCGGCAUCAGGCUGGUCUAACACCGCUUUGCGCUCUUUUAAAUCUCUCGGGGUUCUCCUUGAAGUUUUUUUCCAGUCAUGGCUUCCAAAGUCACGUCUUGGUUUAAGAAGAAGGGGAAGGCUGUGAGCCAAGUGAAAACUGAUUAUGCGUACCACCACUCUUCAUGUGUGUGUGCCAAGCUCCAGACGGCUGUGAGGAAAUCCAGCUGUCACUCGGCGAGCCAGGUGCAGGCCCAGGCCACAGAGGCUAUGGCGGAACCAGCCUAUACCAUACCUGCGUUUAGGCAGAGGACUGCUGAAGAGGGAACUGAGGAGUACCAGAGAGUGAGCACCAAUGUUGGGAAAGGACUGACGGUGAUUCAGGAGGAGCUCCACAGGAUGAGGAUGGCCACCAAGGCCCAGGUGGAGAGUCUGGCUCUGCAGAGAGAGGUUAAGGAAAGGAUGUACAAGAAGGUGGAUCCGACGGAAGUCCCGAGGAUGCCGGACUUCCUGGUGGCUCUUCGUCCCCACACAGUGUGGGAGAAGACCCCCAUAAAACUGUUCUGCACCGUGCAGGGAACCCCCAGGCCCGUCGUCAAAUGGUACAAGGGAGGAGUCCCAGUCGACCCACUGAGCGCUCCAGGAAAGUACAAGAUUGAAAACAAGUAUGGAGUCCACAGUUUGAUCAUUAGCAGGUGUGCAGUGAGUGACACGGCUGAGUACAGCGCCGUGGCAACAAACACUCACGGCACGGCCACCAGCAAGGCUGCCGUGACUGUGAAGAGACCAGCAGGAACCGGGGAGUCCUGCCAGCUCAAUUUAGUGCCCCACCUGACUGAGAUCCAUGCCAGUAAGCUGGAGGUCAGUCUGCUCGACCGUUUCUCCGUCAGCUUCGGGGUGGAGGGCAGCUGCAUCAGCCUGGUCUGCACCAUGGUGGUGGUCCCGGACCUGCCCAACGUGCCUCCCCUCGCCCAGUGGUACAGAGAUGAUAAACUUCUGAAGCCCAGCGCUCUGGGGGAGAUGUCUGUGGGAGGGGGAGCCGCCCGUCUGACGCUGCCCAACCUGGCCAAAGACGACGAGGGUCUCUACACCCUGCGCAUCUUCACCAAGGACGGCACCGCCGAGCACAGCGCCUACCUCUUCGUCUCAGACGCCGCUGCCUCUGUGGCUGGAGCCCCCGGUGCCCCGAUGAGCGUGAAGGCUUACGACAUCAACUCUGACUACGUCCUGGUUGCCUGGAAACCCCCCAACACCGUCAACGAGGCGCCGAUCAGCGGAUACUUCGUGGACAGGCGUGAGUCCGGCAGCGACACCUGGGUCCAGUGCAACGACGCCCCGGUGAAGAUCUGCAAAUACCCGGUGCACGGCUUGAAGGUUGGCAACUCCUACCACUUCCGGGUCCGAGCCGUGAACAGCUCCGGCAUCAGCAGGCCGUCCCGCAAGUCGGACAAAGUGACUGCCCUCGACGCCGCCGAGAGCGAGAGGCUGCAAGUGAUUAAAAUCGAAGGGAGGUACGACAUACUGGUCCAUGACGAUGAUCUGGAAGGCUACGUAACGAUCCCAGGAGAACCCACCGGCGUGCACGCGUCCGAGAUUUUCAAAUCGUACAUCGUGCUGAGCUGGAAGCCGCCGUGCCCCCGCGGACGAGCUCCGCUGUGGUACGUCAUCGAAAAGUGCUUAGCAGGCACUGGAGCAUGGCAGCGGAUCAACACGGCAGUCAAACUGCACUCCCCCCGUUACCCGGUUUUUGAUUUGCAAGAGGGGCAAAAGUACCAGUUCCGAGUGUUUUCAGUCAACCUGUACGGCUCCAGCGAGGCGUCGUUCUCCUCUGAGCCCAUCCAGAGGGUGGAUGAGGACGGUAUUGAGGUGCCGGUUGGCGUGCCCUCUGCUCCCGGUCAGGUUGUGGCCACCAGGAACUCCAAGUCCUCGGUGUUCGUUCAGUGGGAUUCUCCCAAACACCUGAAGAGCCUGAUGGGCUACUACAUCGACGGACGCAUCGUGGGAUCCAAGGAGUGGUUCCCCUGCAACCACAAACCCUUCAAACACUGCAGGUUUGUGGUACACGGCCUGAUCCCCGGGGAGAGCUACACCUUCCGUGUCCAAGCCGUCAACGUGUUCGGCCUCAGCGAGGAGUCCCAGGAGUCCUCGCCCAUCGCUGUGCUGCCUGCACUCGGCAAAGGGGUGGAUUAUGCGACCCCCAGCGCCCCCUCUGGGAUCAGCAUGCUGAGCUGCGACGGCUCCUCCAUGACUCUGGUCUGGAAGAGCCCCAAACACUGCGGCGGCUCCAAGGUCAACGCCUACUACAUCGACAAGAGGAACGCAGACACGCUGGUGUGGCAGGAGGUCAACCUGGUCGCCGUCAAGGAGAGGAUCUGCACCGUGGACAGUCUGACUGAAGGAGUUUUCUACGAGUUUAAGGUGCAGGCCGCUAACAUGGCGGGCGUGGGUGUGCCGUCAGCUGCCAGCUCCCCCCUGAAAUGUGAAGCCUGGACCAUGGACGAGCCAGGCCCAGCGUACGACCUGAGCUUCAGUGAAGUCAGAAGUCGCUCCCUGGUCCUCCUGUGGAAAGCCCCGGUCUACAUCGGGGCCAGCGCCGUCUCCGGAUAUCUGGUGGACAUGGCCAAGAAGGGCUCCUCAGAGUUUGUGACUCUGAACGAGGAAGCUGUGAGCCACCGGUUCCUGCAGGUGAGCGGUCUGGAGAAAGGAGAAACCUACGUGUUCAGAGUUCGCUCAGUGAACGCCAACGGAGUCGGGAAGCCGUCCCAGCUCUCUGAGCCGGUCUGUGCCAAAGCUCUGCCAGGCACUCAGGAGAUCGUGGCCGGAGUGGACGAGGAGACCGGAGACGUCUUCCUGUCUCUGGAGGCCUGCGAGAUCUCCGAGACGUCCAAGUUCGUCUGGUCCAAGAACUACAAAGCCAUCGGAGACUGUCCCAGAGUCGCCGUCUCCAACAAGGGCAGAACCUCCAGACUGACUUUCUCCAACCCGGAUAAAGAUGAUCUGGGCAGAUACUCCGUGGUCGUCACUGACACAGAUGGAGUCUCUGCCAGCCACACUCUGACUGAGGAUGCUUUGAACACCAUGCUGGAGCUCAGCUACGCCAUCAGACAUCCAAUCGUUCCUCUGAAACACGGUCUGGAUUACGAGAUCCUGGAGAAGGGACACGUGCGUUUCUGGAUGCAGGCCGUCAAGCUGUCUCCCUCCGUGUCCUACAGAUUCAUCGUUAACGACAAGGAGGUCAAAUCUGGAGAGGGAAUCAAGAUCAGCCACGACGUCGCCACAGGAGUCAUCCAGAUGACCGUGGAUCAUUUCACCCGAGCCAACGAGGGAACGUACGUGGUUCAGAUCCACGACGGAAAGGCCAAGAACCAGAGCUCCCUGGUGCUGGUGGGAGACGUGUUCAAAGCUGCUCUGAAGGAGGCCGAGUUUCAGAGGAAGGAGCACAUCAGGAAGCAAGGUCCUCAUUUCUCUGAGUAUCUGUACUUCACCGUCACUGAGGACUGCACCGUUCUGCUCGCCUGCAAGGUGGCUAACGUGAAGAAGGAGACGUCCUUCCACUGGUACAAAGAGGACGAUGAGAUUGUUCCAGAAACUCCUCCCAACGUCAUGUCCGGAGCCUGCUCUCUAGCCAUCCCUCUGUUCUCCAGGAAGGAUCAGGGCGUGUACAAGGCGGUGCUCAGUGACGACAGAGGAAAGGACUCUUCCCUCUACGACAUCUCAGGCCAAGUGUUUGACGACAUCAUCAACGCCCUCGCCCAGAAUGCCGGUGCGUCUGCCUCUGAGCUGGUGCUGCAGUGCACACCAGAGGGCAUCCGGCUGCAGUGCUACAUGAACUACUACACAGAGGAGAUGAAGACCGUCUGGAACCACAAGGAGAGUAAGAUCGCCUCCUCUGAGAAGAUGAGGAUCGGAGGAACAGCGGAGAUGGCCUGGAUGCAGAUCUGUGAUCCGUCCGAUAAGGAGAAGGGGAAAUACUCCAUCGAGAUCUCUGACGGGGUGCAGACCCACAGCAGGACCUUUGACCUGUCCGGACAAGCGUACACUGAUGCCUAUGAGGAGUACCUGAGACUGAAGGCCGCUGCAUUCGCUGAGAAGAACCGUGGCAGAGUGGUCGGUGGUCUGCCUGAUGUUGUCACCAUCAUGGAAGACAAGUCUCUGAGCCUGACCUGCACCGUGUGGGGCGAGCCGACCCCUGAGGUCUCCUGGUUCAAGAACGAGCAGGAGGUGGCCUCCAACGAGCACACCCGGGUCACCUUCGAGGGCGGCAAGUUCGCCAGCCUGGUCAUCAACAAGGUCACGCCCGACGACUCCGGCAAGUACAGCAUCAACGUGCGGAACAAGUACGGCGGCGAGUUCGUGGAGAUCACCGUCAGCGUGUACAGGCAGGGCGAGAAGAUCCCCGAGCCCAAACUGGGACAACCCAAAACCCCCGCCGCUACACCCGUCCCGCCUAAAUCCCCUGCUCCCCCUCCCAAGACCCCGACCCCGACUCCUAAGUCCCAGACCCCGGCCUCCAUGAAGAGCCCGACUCCAGCCUCCACCCCGGCUUCCACCCCCAUCCCCAAAUCUCCAACCCCGACCCCCAAGUCUCCGACCCCCAAGUCCCCGACCCCGACUCCGUCCCGUGGCGUGAAGUCGCCAACUCCGCCCAGAUUCAUGAAGUCUCCCACCCCACCCAGGAAGUAAAAGGAGGUGGUGACGUCCGCGGGGGAAAUGAUUGCUGUAGCAUCGCUGAUUUGUAGCAUGAGUGUGAAACCAAGAGGUUUUAAAGUUGAUGUAGACAUAGUCACUGGAUAAAGUCCGGAUGAACGAGCUUCUGAGGGUCUUGUUUUACAUUCUCGAUCAUUUCUGAGAGCAGGAUAUAUAUAAUAAAAUGAGAGAGGGGCUUCAUCAGGGGCUACUAGCAUACAGUAGAUUCCCUUUCAUGUUCAUUUCUUUCAACUGCUUUGAAAACAAAAAAGAAGCAAAAAUGUAGAAAAAAAAUAAAAAACCAGGGUCGAUUUUUUCAAAGCUGCACCUUCCACUUUGCAGAAAUAGUGGAACGCCUUCAUAUGUUAUGGAUGGUAAAGGAUAGUUCAGUUUAUUACAACUUUGGUCGUUAUUAUGUCACUUUAACAAAGAAACACAGGGCGAACCUGCAGACUUAUUUGGAAGGAAAGGAAGAAAGAAGUGUGUUUUUCCUCCAAAUACAGGGUUUUUAAAUCAUGUGUCCUCCCUUGUCUCUUGUAGUGUACUCCCAGGUGUUAUCAGAGUACAAAGGUACCAUAACUAGACAAAUGGUGACCAAAACUAUAGAACUAAAGUUGUUAUAAACACAUAUUACCCUUCUAACCAUUCAGCUGGGAGUCUUCAGCUACAGAGCUGGGUGCGGAAGGAACACCAGAUACCAGAUUAUUUUUUGUUUUCGCUCUGGGGUGUUCCUCCUGUAUCCUCAGCUACUUUAGUCCCAGGUAGCUUCAUCAACUGACGAUGACGAUGAUGAAUAAAUAUAUUCACUUCUUCCUGCCCUGGUGUCUCUCUGUCUGUCUGUGACAUGUCGUGUUUCCCCCCAAAGCUUUGAGACGGCAAUAAACGUUACUUAUCAACCUC